GCCUUGGUGAGGAGUCAGGGCUAGAAUCCAGGCUUUGUGAUCUGCCACAGCCUGUGUGGGCAGGACCAGUGAAGCUCACCAGGUACAAAUAGUCUUGGAACCCAGUGGCACUGCAGGCUCCUGUGGUCGAGUCUAAACCGCUCGUUGUUUGCUAAAGCUGAAUGCAAAAUUAACCACCAUGAGGCUGUGGGUGUCUCUCCUGCUGGUCACUCUGGCCUUUUGCUGCUACCAGGCCAAUGCAAUGGUCUGUCCAGCUGUUGUUAUUGAUACAGAAAACAUCUUAACCAUGCCUAUGGGGAUGUAUGAGAAGAGACUUAAAGCGUUUAAUGCACCAGCAGAUGCUGUUCAGGCAAAGUUGCAAGUGAAGCAAUGCAUUGAUCAGAUGCCCAGAGAAGACAUACGUAAAAUUAAACACAUACUGGUGGAAAUGCUUCCUAAGUGUCUCUAGUUACAAAAGAUAUUAUAUUCUGUUUCCACUAUCCUCCAAUGAUACCUGAUUUCCAAUGCAAUAUGUAAAGGUU